GAAAACCUCUCAAUCUUCAGCUGUUGAUAGAAUCCCCAGUGAGGAACACAAUAACAUGGGUGGUUGCACUGAGAAGCGACGUGAUGAUAGAUUUCUUUUGUCAUGUGCUUAUUUUACAAUUAGAAGGCAGUCACGAAAGGCCGAUGCUAACAGGUUAUCAGCAUGGCAAGAGGCUGGGAGAAGAAACCUCAAGAUGACAUAUGUGAGGUCUGAAUUUGAAAACGGGAGGGAGAAUGAUGAUCGCACAGGAUCUGACCCAAGUGAUGAUGAUGGAUACAAUGUGGUAAUAGCUGAUAACUGCCAGCGAGUUUUUGUUUAUCGCCUCAAGCUUUUAUGGACUAUUGAGAAUAGGGAUGCUGUUUGGUCCUGGGUUGGUGGAAUAUCCAAAGCAUUUGAACCCCCUAAGCCUUCUUCAUCUCAGCAGGAUGCACAGAGGAAAUUGCAUGAAGAGAACCAGAUAGAUGCUGGAGAGCUGCUUCAAGAUGAUAUCUCAAAUCUCCCUUCUACCAAUCAUAAACUAGAUUCCCCUCACAUCACGCGGAGACAUCAGGACUCUUUCAUCUCCAUCAGACUGAGCAGAAGUAUAGAAUUCACCAUAUCCUUCAAUUGUAACAAAUGGAAACGCAGGUGAUUCUGAGGAAGAAGGGGUUCGUCAUUUCAUGGUGAAAGUUAUUGAGCCACAAUUCAAUCUUCAAUCAGAAGAAGCCAAUAUUACUUUCGAACCAUUAGUUUCUUGGAGAUUCGUCCAUGUAGUUAUUAACCCUUUCCUUUUCUUUUUUUCCUGUGGUUUCUUUUCCUAUGAUUGUUAUU